AUGGACACCAGCAAAAAGAAAAUACGACAUAUUUUACAGUUUUUCUUCGAUAAAGGCGAAAACGCAAGCCAGGCGGCUGAAAAUGUGAAUAGUGUUUAUGGUCCUGAUACUGUAACAACCAAUCACGCGCAAUUUUGGUUUCGUCGAUUCCGUUCCGGUAAUUUUGAUGUCAAAGAUGCACUACGCUCUGGAAGCCCAAUUGUCGAAAAUGUCGAUAAAAUAAAUGGAAAUCGUCGAGUCCGACCGUCAUACCGAAUUUCCAUCUGCGAAUUGCUGCUGAAUCGUAACAAAAUCAACCCAUUUCUGAAGCGGAUGGUGACUGAUGAUGAAAAGUGGGUCACUUAUGACAACAUUAAGCGAAAAAAGUCGUGGUCGAAUCGCGGUGAGCCGGCGCAAACGGUGGCCAAGCCAGGAUUGACGGUCAGGAAGGUUUUGCUGUGUGUUCAUGCGAACCUGGCUCCAAGUGAUUACCACCUGUUCCUGUCUAUGGCGAAUGAUUUUGCUAGUGAAAAAUUCGCCUCAAGAGAAGCUUGUGAAAAUCGACUGUCCCAGUUUUUUGCUAAUAGGGACGAGGGUUUCUAUGAGAGAGGCAUAAUGGAAUUACCUUUAAAAUGGCAACAAGUUAUCGAACAAAACGGUGCAUAUUUGACCUAA